AUGUCGUAUCGUGGACCCAAUCAAUUCCAAAAUCAAUUUGGCCAACCACACCAGCAACACCAUUCUAUUCCAACAGCAGCAGCGGCGGCGGCAGCAGCAAACUCUCAGCCACACCCUCACCCACAUAUUGGUCCUAUAUCUAGUUCCAAGUCUCCUUUAGAGCAGUUUGAACAGUUUAGUAAAAAGAUUGAAGAUUUAAUUGAUGAAUAUUUCAAGCCAUUGAAACCUUAUGUUCCAGCAAUCGGUAGAGCUUUCCUUGUGGCUACAUUCUACGAAGACACCAUUAGAAUUUUUAGUCAAUGGAAUGAACAAGUGUAUUACUUGCACAACUAUAGACACUAUUGGAGGUGGUUGACGGUGAUUUUUUUGAUCAACAAUAUGCUCAUCAUGACCAUUGCCUCGACUCUAGUCAUUAUUAGAAAAAAGAUCAAUAUUGCUACCGUGGGCUUGAUCUUUGUUGUUGUGAUCCAGGGUGUUGCAUACGGCUUGUUGUUUGAUACACAAUUUAUAUUGAGAAACUUGUCCGUUGUGGGUGGACUAGUCUUGGCAUUCUCUGAUUCCAUUGUGAGGGACAAGAGGUCACUCAACAUGCCUGGAUUGCCAAUGUUGGACAACAAGGAUCACAAGAAAUACUUUUUACUUGCGGGAAGAUUGUUAUUGGUGUUGUUAUUUUUGGGAUUCGUCUUUUCUUCUGAAUGGUCAUUGGGAAGAGUGCUCAUCAUCCUAGUCGGCUUGACUUCAUGUGCAUCGAUUGUUGUUGGAUACAAGACCAAGUUUGCUGCUGCCGUGAUGUUGAUCUUGUUGUUCUUCUACAAUGUCUUUACCAACCAAUUUUGGCAAUACGCUUCAAAGGAUGCAAGAAGAGACUUUUUGAGGUAUGAGUUCUUCCAAGUUUUGUCGAUAGUUGGUGGGUUAUUAUUGGUGGUGAAUGCCGGUGCGGGAGAGCUUUCAAUUGACGAAAAGAAGAAGAUUUAUUAA